GCUUCCAACCUUCGGGGCAAAACUUUCGUAACAAAACGAAAUUCAUCUUCUUCCUUUUUGGCUGCAUUCUUCAUCUUAACGGUUUUGAAGGCACCAUAUCCCAAAUGGAAGUUUCCGGCGGCCUUAGCAGAGUGCAAGCUCUAGCACAAUCAGGUCUGUGUCAAGUUCCACCUCAGUAUAUUCAAUUCCCCGAGAACCGACCCAUUCACCAUGAUCGCCGCGCCGCCACAACUUCAUCAAGCUUUGCCUCCUCCGAUGCCGAUAUUCCGAUAGUCAAUCUGUUCGGGUUCGACCCUGAUCAAACAAACUCGGCUCGGGAAGCAAUCGGACGGGCUUGUCGGGAAUGGGGCGCUUUUCAUGUCACAAACCAUGGCAUCCCGGUCAGCCUUCUGGAUGAUAUCAGACGCGUGGGUCUCACUUUCUUCAACGACUGCCCUAUGUCAGAGAAGCUCCGAUACGCAUGUGAUUCCAGUACUGCCGCGUCGGAAGGGUACGGAAGUCGGAUGCUUCAGAGCUCAGAGCAGCAGCAAAACGACGCGGUUCAAAUCUUGGAUUGGAGGGAUUACUUCGAUCACCACACUUUGCCUCUAUCUCGUCGCAACCCUUCUCGCUGGCCGAACUUCCCUCCCGAUUACAGAGAAGUCGUCACUAAGUACAGCGAUGAAAUGAAAAUUCUGGCUCAGAAGUUGUUGGGUCUAAUCUCAGAGAGUCUAGACCUGCGGUCAUCGUGCAUUGAAGACGCCGUUGGGCAUUUCUAUCAGAACAUCACUAUCAGCUAUUACCCUCCAUGUCCUCAACCCGAACUCACACUUGGUCUGCAGUCUCACUCUGAUAUGGGUGCUAUCACGCUUCUGAUCCAAGACGAUGUGGGGGGUCUUCAGGUUCUCAAGGAUGGUGCCAAAUGGGUGACCGUGAAGCCUCUCUCUGAGGCCAUUCUCGUUCUAUUGGCUGAUCAAACUGAGAUUAUCACAAAUGGGAAGUACAGGAGUUGUGAGCAUAGGGCCAUUACCAAUUCUAACCGAGCAAGGCUCUCUGUAGCAACAUUUCAUGAUCCUGCUAAGACAGUCAAGAUAUCCCCUGCAUCUGAACUGCUUGGGGAAUCUUCGCCACCAAAAUACAGGGGAGUUGUUUAUGGGGACUAUGUGUCGUCAUGGUACACCAAAGGUCCUGAAGGAAAGCGAAACGUCGACGCACUUGUGUUGGAUGGUUAGGCGGGCGUGUGCUUUCACCUGAUCUUUAUUGGUUCAAAGUACACAAGUUUAAUAACAGAUGAAGUCCACUAGUCUAUUCUGUGAGUAAAGGUUGCAAUUGAAAUUCUUUUAUUACGACAUAUUAGUCAUUAUCUCUCAAAUAUUGCAUUAGUGCUCCAAACUGGACAUGUAACUUCUUUUAUCUUCAAAUUCCUGUAUAUGAGCUGUCUGUUGUGUGCUUCAA